AUGGCAGAAAAUCGUUUACGACAUUUCAAGAAUAAGGGCAAAGAUAGCUCCGUAAGUUUGCAUGCUUUGUUGUUGCUAAAGUAAUUUUCUUUGAUAUUAGGUGCGAUCGAAAACCGUACAAAAACUAAGGUAAAGAUGCCGAUGACAUAGAUACGUUCCCAGCAAGAUAAAUCUUUGUUCCAGAGGAUAUUUUACAAACAAAAAUGGUUUCAUUUACGCUUAUUCACUUGACAGAAAUUUUAGUUUUAAGUGGAUGGAUGUGCAUCAUCUUUUGAAGCUUAUAAAUUAUGCGCGCAUGCUGUUCGUUUCAGUUCGUCUGACAGUGUCGAGGGUGAAUUUAGAUUCACUCUGUACUCUCUCUGUGUUCUUGUAUUCGUACAAGGGAUAAUAUUUAUUGAAAAAGAGGGAAAGAUUGCUUUCUAUUAUUGAGGUCUCUCGUAGCACCUCUCCCUCUGAGAGAAGCUGGCCAUUGUCAAGCCGCAUCCGUAUCGCGUAUCGUUUCCCCAACAAGUAUCUCUAGUCAUUGACAUUGUCAGUGGUAUUUUUCGUGAAAACUUUUCCUUUACAAGUGAGCUUCCAAAACCCAGCUGUUUGAGGAGUAGGGAUUGGAGAAAUGUUGAGACCCUGGACAGGGAAAGUUCACACGCAAAAAAAAUAAUAAGAUGCCCUGUCAUGUUCAGGACAGAGAGUCCAAAAACCUUACUGCUCCAGAAGCAGACUUGCCAAAUAGGAAUUUGGGGGAAGUAUCCCCCCCCGCUCUUGAAUACAACCUAUUGAUCACCUGAAACUGUGAAAGGUUGACACCUGGCUGAUCAAUAAAACCAUUGACUUUAAAAGAGACAAAAUUUAACACCCCUUUGAUUUUUCCAAGAUCAGUUACACAAUUUACCUUUUUUAAGGACCAGUGGGUGAAUUUUAAAAUUUAAUCCAAGGGGUCAACAUGACUAGGAAAGAAAGCAUCUUUUUUUUUCCUCAUUUUUGCAGGAGUUACGACGAAGACGAACUGACGUUUCAAUUGAGCUCCGAAGGGUAUGUAAUUUUAAUAGUAGGGCUGUGUUCUAGCAGCACCCAGUGCCCCCUGGCACCUCACUUUUCCUCUUGGGAGUCUAUAAAGAAACCUUAGAUUUUUCAUAGAAAUCCUGUGCUGGGCACCCUGGAUUUUACAGGCUUCUCCUUAUGGACAGAGAAAACUGUCUGUAAUUCCAAGGUGCCUGCAAAGUGAGUUUCCACUGUAUAACUGUUGUAGUUUAAUUUAGGCUAGUUUUUAUACUCUUUUCAAUGUCAAUACUUUUUCACUGUCUGAUUAGAGUAAAAGAGACGAUCAGGUUCUAAAAAGACGUAACAUCACUGUUGAGGAAUCUAGUCCACUGAAGGAAAUCAAUUCUCAGCAACAGGUACUUGUGUAACCAUUUCAACCUAACACUUGUUGAACAUUGUUUUUUUUUUCUGAUGAUUGCAUAAUGAAAAAACUUGAUUUCUCAACAGACUGUGACUCAAUUACCACUGCCUACAAUCCAAGAGGUAUGUACAAUGUUAUUCAGUAUCAGUUUCUUGAAUCUGACUUGUUUUUUUGUUGAAUAUUGGACUGCAGAUUUAUACUUUGUGUUAAUUUCCCCAUAAUAAUAUCCUUGCAGUAUCUCAAGUCAAAUGAUGACAAGCUGAUAUUUCAAGCUGUACAGAUUUCAAGGUGAUUUCUUAUACUGUAAAUCCUCUCUUAAGCCCCCUGGAGGGCUUAUUUAUUUUAAACACAUUUAAUGGGGCGGGGGAGGGGGGCUUAUUUAACUUAGCACAGUUUUCCAUCAAGAAAUAGAAUGCAAAUUAGAAAAGCUCAAAUACAAGAAGUUGGAGGUCAGUCACACAGCUGAGGAUCAAAAGCAGAUCUGAAUUUCCAACCAGUGAAUAAACCAUCCUGGAUCAAUCCAGACUGAGACAAGGUUUUUACAUCUAUCAUUCAUUAGUGAAUAAUAAUGAGGGGGAGCUUAAAAGAGAAUAGGGGUUAUCAGCGUGCAAAGAAAGUAGUGUCUGAUAGCCCGGGGCUAGUGGAUUUUGCUAUCCGGCUAGUGAAUUCUGUUUUUAACUUGCCCGAAGGGCAAGUGAUGUUUUUUGAGGAAUUCGAAUAACAGAACAACUGUGAAAUCAAUUCUGCUCGUCAAAAAGCUUUUUGGGAUAGUUGAAAUGACGUCUGGGCUAGUAAAUGCUAGCUUCAGCUUACCCGAAUGGUAAGCUGUGAAAAUGAUUUUCUUUGCACCCUGGUUAUCAACUUUCUUCCCUGAAAAAAGGGGGGGGCUUAUUAGAGAGGAGGGCUUAUUUGAUAGGGAGGGCUUAAAACAGGAUUUACGGUACCUAUUACAAGCAAGGACUGACUUUUACUGAGGGCUGUCACUAAGAUUUCAUGUCGCCAGGUAUAUAUAUUAUACAAUGAGUAGGCUGGGAAAUAAACAGAUAGGAAAAUUUUUUUCGUUCCAUUUUCCUUUUGCUUCCAAUGAAAGUAUCCACUGUAAAUCAUAGCUAAUGCUUGUCCACCUAAAUGAUCCCAUAAAUUGUUGCACCAAAAGCCUGUACCCAUUCCCAUUAUAUUUUCUGGAGUGGAGAAUAUUAACUUUAGAGUGAUAAUCUUUCAUGCCAAUAUGAUAUCUGUCUUGUUGUCACCAAGUGCCAUUAGACUAGGAUUGUGUUAAAUGACAUUAGGCAUAAUUUAGUCAGACAUUGUCCAAAGAAGGAAUGUUAUUUGCAGCUCUAUGAUAACCUGAAGUAUAAAAAAAAAUUAAAUUGACUGUUGAUUAUUCUUCAUCAUGAUAAUAUGCAAUUUUCCAUUCUCUGUUGUUAUAGGAAGAUGUUAUCAAAGCACAAAAACCCUCCAAUAAAAGAAUUUAUUAAGUAUGUUUGUCCACUUUCCUAUUUUUCAAUUCAUGUUAAAUACAGUAGAUAAUCUAUUGAUCACUUUCCCAUAUAUUCAGUUUUACAAAGUUAAUUGUUAGAUUUUCCAGCUAACUUGAAAUAUUUCAAAUGUACUUUUUCAGCUCUGGACUUGUACCAAACUUUGUAAACAAGUUAGAUCGAUCUGACAAGUGAGUUCAUGGCAGGUUUUUGCCUUGUAGCCAGCAAUUUUGUCUGUUCCUAUUUGUUGCUGAUUGUUAUGUUAGUUACAAAACAUACUCACUGCUCAUUAUUCUCAAACUAAUUUUCAAUCAAUAGUCCUUCCAUACAGUUUGAAGCUGCGUGGGUACUGACAAAUAUUGCCUCAGGUUCAUCAGAUGAAACAAAAGUUGUUGUAGAUGCAGGUGAUGAUUAACUCAGUAUUGACCAUAUUACAUUGUAUUCUUUUAAACGAUUUAUUUACUACUUUCAGUUAAUUAAUAGAGAACAGUCAACUCUCUCUAAACAGUCAGCUAGGGUUGGUCCCUGCAGCCUUUCUUUUCCCUCUUUAAUAUUGUCUCUCAGGGAUAUCAUUCUGAGACAGUCAGUCCCCGUCCCAGUGGUGUCCAUCUUAGAGAUAGGUGACUGUAUCAUAAUUUUACUCAGACUCUGUUGCAAAAUUUCUGUGACAUGUAAUGGUAAUGCCAUUCUGCAAGUAAUUUCCAGUGUUGUGAUUGGUGAAUGAAUCUUAAAAUAGAUUCCCCGGGGAAAAUCUCGGCCUUUGAGGACAGCUUAACACAUUAUUGUGUAUACGUUUACUUGUAUUUUGGCUCUCUAGGGGUGCAUUCGAUUGGGAAAUCCGGAUUUAGAUUCUCAAAAUCUAAAUCCGGAUUUCCCGAUCGAACGCAAAAUCCAAAAACGGAUUUCACCUACGAGAAAUCCGUCCUCAGGGUGGAUUUCAAUUAAGAAAUCCAAAACCGGAUUUUUUUGAUUUCCCUUUUACCAUUCGAUUGGGAAAUCCGAAAAAGGAUUUGCAAAACCAUUCUCGUGAACGGCGGUCUUCUUUUUACUAAUUAUGCGUGCGCAUGCAAGACCGCUGUUCGGUAAAGACAGUUUUUCAAAUCCUUUUUUGGAUUUCCCAUUCGAACGGUAAAAAGGAAAGUCCAAAAAAAAAAAAAUUUUGGCGUUGAAAUACGUUUUCGGAUUUCGCGUUCGACUGCAAAUCCGAAAUCUGGAUUUUAAAAUCUAAAUCCAGAUUUCCCAAUCAAACGCACCCUAGAAUAUGACUUUAUGAGCUAAAAAAAGAUGGAAUAAUAUGUACGUGUUAGAUUGUUCCAAACUUGUUAUAAAUGACAUUUUAGCUAGAUAUGCUAGUUAAAGCCCUCACCCAAGAGCAUAACUGCUUAUGGUGAUGUACAAUAGUCCUGAGUCAUGUUGGUCUUUCAAAACCUUUUCAACUGUCAGGUAAAACAAAAUAAAAACAUUUAUGCAAAUGUAUACCACGACACAAUUAAGGAUGGCGAUUCACACAUGUCUCUCUGCCUGAUUUUUUCUUUAGGGAGGGGGGCGUCCAUCUACUUGCAAGUUGAAGUAAUUUUUAAAACAAUAACGUUAUAGGACCACUGGAACUAGAUUUUGUAGACAAAGACUUCAUUUAAGUUAACCUUGCUUCAUUUAAAAUUCAAAUACAAUUUGAUGAAUAAACAUUUAUUCACCUCUUCUAUAAGGAUUCUAUCUAUAACCCACUAUUUUUUAUAGUAGUAAUUUUGAGUUUUUACUAUUAAAAAUACAUAACAUGUAGCUUAUAGCUUUUGAGAGAACUCUGUCCACAAUGUAGUGCACUUCUCUCUUUAAAACAUUUCCUGUUUCAACUGAAAAAAAGUAGUACUUCUGUAACGAUCACCCUGCCACACAGAUGUUUAUAUGUGUCAAUGUGUUUUAAUAUAUGUACUUUUUCUAAGUUUGUUUUUGUAAUUAAUAACUCUUCAUUUAUAUCUUUUAGGUGCUGUUCCAAGAUUUGUGAAUCUGCUAUCAUCCAGCCAUGUUCAAGUUCAAGAGCAGGCAGUCUGGGCCCUAGGAAACAUUGCAGGUAUCUAAGUUGUUAAAUGUUGCAAAACCUUCAGGCAUGAGCUGCGGCAUGAAAUUCAGCCAUAUUAGGAAAUUACAAAAUGCCCGUUAAAUUAAGAGAAACAUAAAAAUAAUCGUGUAAAACUUUACAGGAAGGUUAAAAUAACAUUUAACAGAAACAACAGAUGCCACAGAUGGGCAAAACUGAAGAAGACUGAAACGGAUUGAAAUAAGGGUUUUUGAAAACUGUUCAGCCUGUUCAUCCCUACUGCUUGCAACUCGUCAAAAAUAAUGCUCAGGAGACAUAUUUGUUUGUCUCGGAUCUCUGAUUUUGUCAUUUACAUGCAAUUUCUUUGCCUACUUUAAGUUCCAUAGUGAUUGAGGGCGAGUAUUGGCAAAAUUAAACAAAAUGAAAUGGACUACCGUGACACAGCCCCUUUAAUAUUCUUGUUAAUGUUCUAUUUAUGUCUGACCCUUGCAUUAUUUGAUGUGUUUGUGUAUGCAGGUGAUGGUCCACUACUGAGAAACUUUGUUAUAGCUUCUGGUGCUUUGAAGCCAUUACUUGCACUGGCCCAUAACAGCAUGAAUAAUGUAAGUAAUAUUCAUGCCAGAGGCUUCAGCUAUCCCUACUCCCUCGAUCUUUAAUGUGCAUGCGUGAGAGCUAUGAUCCAAAGGCGUGGAUGGGGGAUACACAAAAAUACUACAAAAGACUUAUCAUGUAACAUUAAUUUUUUGGGAACAACUACUACAAAGUAAAGAAAAAAAACUGUUGAUUAUUGAUCUGAGCAGAUCAACCUUCCUAACCACUUUUGUCUAGUUCAUGUAGCCUCCAUAACCCCUCCCCUUCCACCAAAAGAAAAAAUACUGCAAGUGAAAAUAGCUUAUAAUCAAAUAACUUCACACAAGAAAUGUUACAACUAAAUGAGGGUUGACAGCUGGUUGGGUAACAAUCUUUUGUUUCCUUGGAUAAUUUCUACAGGUGAAUUUCCUUCGCAAUGUGACCUGGACUCUUUCUAACCUAUGUCGCAAUAAGAAUCCACCUCCUGACAAGGAAACUGUCAUAGAAGUAAGUGAUACAAGUUUGUACAUUACCCUGACUAUAAAUAACAUUGUCACUUAUUGCAUGCAUGGUCAUAGAGAGGAUUUGAUUUGCCUUCUUGUAUUUCAAUUUAAUUUACUUUUUAUUUUGUUUUUGAUUUCAGAUCCUUCCAAUUCUGACAUAUUUAUUGAUCCAUAAUCAAGAUAAAGAGGUAGAUUAUUAUUAAUUUUAGUGCAUGUAGUUUUCUGGCAGCACAAUUCUUCCAGUCAUUUCCAUUUUGUUAGUUUCAUUGAAAGCACUAUAAAUUAUGCUUUCUCUAAACAAACAAUUGUUUUUCAGGUGCUCUCAGAUACAUGUUGGGGCUUAUCAUAUUUGACUGAUGGAACAAAUGAUAGAAUACAGGUUAGCAUAAUUAAACACAUACAUACUGCUGGUGUACCCAUUCACACUUGAAAUGCCUCAAAACACCAGUAUGGAAGUUCCAACCAUGUGUGAUGUUAUAAAUGUAUCAGCUCCAGUUGCAGAAAAAAGGUGAGAUUACAUGUCCAGGUAGAGGUCUACAUGGGCCAUACACCACAACUAUCGUUUAGCAUCUCUCUUGCAUUUUUGCAAAAGGUUUCCUACGAAAAUUAACCCUUCUUUUAAGUAAGAAAAAAUGUACAGGAUAGUAAAUUAAAGGGGAGGAAAGAAAACCUAAAAUGAAUGCAUGCCAAUCAGUUAAUCCUGAAGUGUCACUUGUUCAGCCAAAAACCUGAAAAUUUUGCAUUUUGUGUAUUGCUGGAAUGCCCCCAGGAGAUCACAUCUAUAAAUAAAACUAUUGAUGGUAAAUUUCCUUUGAUAAAAUUCAGUCACAAAAACAUUAUUCUUAGGUGGUAGUCAAGGUUAUAUAUCUAAAUUUGCCAUAAAUGAGUUAUUCAAGAAAACCUGUUCUUGCUUCAGCUUGUCAUUGAUUCAGGAAUCCUUCCAUCAUUGGUGAAUUUACUGGGCCACCCAGAAGUUAACGUCGUGGUAAGGACUUUUUCCAUCGAUCUGUUGUGAGAUCACUUAGUUUGUCAUUAGCAUGUCAACCAAAAGGUUGACCAUGUGUAUAAAUUUAUAUUAUUGCAUUGAGUACAAACUACAAAGGUAAAAACAGAAAGACUUGCUGCAUUUUAAAAUACAAAUUCAAGAGUACAGUAAUGUGGCCUUCCACUGUGUCAAACUUUUAUUUCUUGUUUAGACACCUACAUUGAGAGCUGUUGGAAACAUUGUCACAGGGACUGAUGAACAGACACAAGUAAGCAGGACAUUUUCCAUUAAAACCUGUCGGAAAUUUGUACAUUAAAUUCACUUAAUAUUUGAUUAAAAAAAGGUACAAGGAAAGGAACACUGGACUGAACCUUCUACCAUGCAGGGAGAAUAAGUCAAAUGUUUAUCGAUGUUGCUUAUGGUAUUCCGAUAUUGGUAUAAUUAUUACGAAAUAAUAUUUGAUCCAGUUAAAUCUGAAUUACCAGCUUAGCAGCUACAUAAGUUGAUGCUAUAGUAAGACAAGGAGAGCUUUCAGAAAUGGUAAAUUAUCUGCUUGGUUAUUCGUUUAAUAACACAAAAAUUUCUUGGUAGUUUCUUUGUGUUGUAGAUGCAUGUAAUCACCAAAAGACUGAAAAGACACAAAACAAUAGCCACACCACAACUCAAAAGUGAACCAGCAAUGGUUUCUGCAACAUCAUGAAACAAUCCCAAAAAUUAAAGUGGAAUACAUUACUAUUCCAUUCUUAAUGUCCUUUAAUUUGUUUUGUUUUAGAUGGUAAUACAGUGCAAUGCUUUGUCAUAUUUCAAGGAUCUUCUAAAACACCAUAAACCCAGCAUUGUCAAGGUCAGUUAUAUGUACAGAAGACUUAAUACUGUACUUUCAGUUUAUUUUCGAUCAGCUUUACCUUACAGGAUGUAAAGAAAGUCGGUUCUACAGCUUGCCUUUGGGCAGGCUGUAGCUAGCAUGUACUAGGCUAAAAGUUGAAAAUAAAUUUGAUGAGCAGGAUUGAUUAAGGUUCUUCUGUUAUUUAAAUGCCCCCCUAAAACUUCACUAGCCCAACAGCAAUAUCCAUGAGUCACCGGCUAGCGGACACUACUUUCUUUGCAUGCUGGCUUAUUAAUUUCUAUCUCACAGUACUGUCUUACCCCUGAUUUGUUAAUAGGAGGCAACAUGGGCAAUAUCAAAUAUUACAGCAGGCCCCAAAGAGCAAAUUCAGGUACAGUUUCUGAGUAAAGUAUAAACUAUUCCUUGCAUGUAAAAAUACUAAUUGAAAUUAAUAUAUUGUUACUCUGACCAAAUGAUAAGUUAGAAAGUAUGAUUGAGAGAGCGCAUCUGGCACAACACACACAAGGAUAAUUAUUCCUUUAAGCCAUACAGAGUGAAUGGUAUACAGAGUGUACAUGUAUACAGCUGUUUUGAGAAAGUUGUCGCAAGAAAUGUGCAUGCGACAAUCCUGAAAGGAAAUAUGGGAUAUGAUCAAUACACUGUUCGAAACGACUGAAGCUGUCAAACCUACUUUUGUUGCUUUCCUUGAGUAUUCGUAAACAUAUGUCUGUGGCUUCCUGUACCAUUCUUUCAAAUUUCUUUGAAGGACAGUGCCCUCAAAGCCACCCACAAUACCUUUUCGGGAUUGUCGCGUGCACUUUUUCCGACAACCUUGAUCGAAAUAGCUGUAUAUUUGAAGCCAGCAAUAUCGCAACAUCACAAACAUUAUUGGUAUUGUGUUAAGUCUAGUAGUUUUUUUCCAUGCAAUGAUUCUAUGAAAUAUGAUUAAAGUUAUUUUACGCGAGUAAGUAGCAUCACGACAAUGCAUUGACUACAUAUUGCUUACUUAAGGGUGUCACACCCCCAAAUGUUUAGAAUAAUAAUUGGAUGUAAAACUUUCUUUUUUUUUUCUUGACACUAUAAAGAGAUCAAGAACUUCGUGUGUAUGUUUCAGUUUGUUUUUCUUUUGUGUUUAUUCCGCACAGGCUGUCAUCAAUGCAGGCUUGGUACCGCUGAUUAUAGCUGUGUUGAAGGUGUGUAAGCAUGAUAAAGACUCUUUAGUGGGUUUAUGGAGCCAGUGUAAUGAAAAGCUGUCAGUGCCUUACAACAGUGUCUUUUUGUUAAUCUGUUCAGAGAGCGUUGUUGUCCAGUCAUUUUAAUACAUGUAAAUUAUUGUUACUCUUAGGGUUGUGAAUCAGUACGGGCAGACUUUAAGAGCCAAAAGGAAGCGGUGUGGGCCAUCACAAACUUCACAUCAGGCAGCACUCCAGAUCAGGUACAUUUCAGUUAUUAAAUCACCUGCUUUUAACAAAACACCUGAAUGUAUUAGCUACAAUAAUAUGUUCCAGAAUUUGGCCAAAAGUGGAAUUUCAAACAUUAGGUUCACUGGUCAUGAAAUUUAGUGAAAAUACACAGCAAAAUUGUAGAGAACACAAUCAGGAAUGGACAAAAUUGGAGAAAAUUAGAAAAAGGUUGAAUAAUGCAACCGCUUCUUAGGGUUUUAAAAAAUUAAAGCCUCUCAUUUUUAUUAUGAUGUGUUAAAAUAGUUUUGCAUUGUACAAGCUGAGUGUUGACCUUCAUUUUUUUUGUAUCUUUCCUUAGAUCACCUUUCUUGUGCAGAAUGGUGUCAUUGAACCAAUGUGCAAACUCUUGGAUGUCAAGGAUGCUAAGGUCAUCUUAACAACCAUCUGAUUGCCCUCCAUUUUUAAAUACUCAGUUAUUGUUGACAGAUUAAUUUACAUUAAGGUUUUACCAGAAUGAAACUGAGUUAAACAUUUUAAGUAAUUUGUCUUUUGUGGAGAAACUCAAAAGCUUAUUCUAUGAUGAUCAGUGUCAGCCUGGCCUCCAUCUAAGGUACCAUUCACUCUGAUGAAGGGCUAGCACACUAUCAAUUUUUGAGCCUUUAUGCCAUAAAGUGAUCAACAAAAAUUUACUGAUGAUACCAGCAAAAUAUGGGAUGAUGUGGAGACAGUGAAAUCCCUUGUCUCAUCUGGCAUUUUCCUUGAAAAUCAGGCUUUGUAGAUGCUACUGAUAAACCCUAUGCCUCUGUUAUAAUAUUCUUUCUUGUUUACUGUAUACUUUUUAAAAACACUUUUUCCUGUUUGUACAAUAUAAUUACACAUACAAAAUAACCCUCCACUAACUGAAUUCACUGAUUAUCUUGUCGUUUUUUUUUUAGACUAUUCUUGUUCUUUUGGAUGGAUUUAAUCAUAUUCUCCAGGUAAGUUGCCUUCUUAUUGUUGAUACCGUAAAAUUCCGAAAAUAAGCCCCGGGGCUUAUAUCUUUCAAAGGCCCUUUUUGAGGGGCUUGUUUUUGGAGGGGCUUAUGUACGGAGGGAAAUUUGCGUUUCAAAAUCGAUUGGGCUAGCUUGUAGUGGGAAGGAAAUUUAUCAUUUUUGCUUUGUUUUACUUUGUAUUCAAGGGCAAAUUCCAAGUACAAGCCCCCCCCCGGGGGGCUUAUAUUCGGAGGGGCAAUUUAACGGAGGGUUUUUUGCGCUACGAUUUUGGGGGGCUUAUAUUUGGAGGGGCUUAUUUUCGGAAUUUUAUGGUAUUUUAUUAUGGACUGACUGUGUAAAAACCCUUAAACUCACUGCAGUUAAUCUGCUUUGAUUGGUAGACUUCCUCCUCCAAUGAUCGCCUCAUGGAAGAGGUUUGUAAGCAAAUGGAAGAGCAUGAAGGUAAAACAAUAUUUCAUAACAUUUUUAUGCAGAAUACUGUAUGUGCAUGCAGAAGCUUAGAUGUUUUGACGUUCACAGUGUAGUUGAACCGUGUCUUUGUAAGCAGGUUUCUUGGGAGUGAUGAGAUUGAGGGGAUUGUCCUUCACUUGGUUAAGAAGUUCCAAGGAGUAACAAGAUUAGACCGACAGUAGGAAAUCCACAACAACAAAAAUGUGAAGCUUACUAAACACAGUUGCCUGUAUUAUUAUUGCUCAGGUAUACAAAACAUUGAAGGUUUACAGACCCACCAGAACUUUGAGGUGUAUAAAUCAGCUUUGGCAAUAAUUGACAAAUAUUUCUCUGAGGAGGUAAGUUCAUGGCAAACUGCUGCGAAAGUUCAGGUCCACUUGAAUCAGUCUGUAGAUUCAUAUGAAAAAAACCAGUGGCAAGAACUAAUGCCUAUAUAACUUGAAACUUGCCUUGCAGUCUCUCACUUCAUUCUCCUCCAUUCUUGUCACUCAUACUCCAUACUAGUUUUCCUCCUUUGCCCUAUGGAAUGAAAUUCCCAUAAUUAUUAUUUUCCCUGAAACUUCACCCCUUAUUAAUCAAGCCUAAGCACCCAAGCCAAAAAAAAAAGUUACAGUAGAACUUUCGUAUAAAGAAGGCCCAAGGGACUAGAAACAUGUGUUGGCUACAGUGCAGAGGUUUUGUUAUAUCAAGGUUCUUUUUCAUUUUGUUUUACUAUUACUGGAUUAAAGAAAAUCGUUCAUUAUACCAAGGACUUUGUUAUAUGGAGGUUCACUAGAUGAGGUUCCCCUGACAGUAUAGGCUGAAACUGUGUUCAACUAGAAAAAAAUGUGCUUAAAAUUUAUACAUGCAAAAUUCAUCCAUGAUACAAUUUAGAAACAGCUGAGGCUGGUUUCUAAAUUGUCACAACGAUCACUUAAAAAUGUGUUUAAUCGCUAUAUUGGCUGCUACUAAUGAUGGAAACAUCACUUCACGAUACCAGCAGUCAUUGCAACAAUGAUAUAUUCUAUCUUUAGCUUUUAGGCUGGUUUCUCAGACUAUAGGUCUGUUACAAUCACUGGACUUUUUUCAGUAAUCAUAGACUUCAUAAAAACCCCAUUUUACUGGCCACCACUCCCUGUUGCUGGGUAAUUUGUACAUUGUCAACACGUACAAGUCAAUUCUGAAAUUACUGAAUUGAUUACUUUAUUUAGAGUACUGAAGAAGCAGAGGCAGUAGCUCCACAGGCCACAAAUGAAGGCUUUAAGUUUGGCACUCCACAGGCAAUACCAGUGGGUGGAUUUCAUUUCUGA